AUGGCCUAUGACCGCUACGUUGCCAUCUGCAAACCCCUGCACUAUGCGACCCUCCUGGGCAGCAGAAAUUGUGUCCACAUGACAGCAGCUGCCUGGGGCACUGCUUUUCUCAAUUCUCUCCUGCACUCUGCCAAUACAUUUUCCAUACCGAUCUGCAAGGGCAAUGCUUUGAAUCAGUUCUUCUGUGAAAUCCCCCAGAUCCUCAAGCUCUCCUGCUCAGAUGCCUACCUCAGGGAAGUUGGCCUUCUUGUUGUUAGUGUCUUUGUAAACUUUGGCUGUUUUGUUUUCAUUGUGCUGUCCUAUGUGCAGAUCUUCAGGGCUGUGCUGAGGAUCCCCUCUCAGCAGGGACGGCACAAAGCCUUUUCCACGUGCCUCCCUCACCUGGCAGUGGUCUCCCUGUUUAUCAUCACUUCCAUGUUUGCCUACCUGCAUCCCCCCUCCCUCUCCUCCCCAUCCCUGGAUCUGGUUGUUUCUGUUCUUUAUUCGGUGGUUCCUCCAGCAGUGAACCCUCUCAUCUACAGUAUCAGGAACCAGGAGCUUAAAGAUGCACUCAAGAAGUUGAUUUGA